UUAAUUGCCAGAAUAGACCCUUGGCCUCCUACGGCUUCUAUAAAUCUGCCUUAGUUGCCAAUCUCAACCACCUUCUCACACUUCAGGAAGCUCGCCAACCUCGGAUCCGGUAGAAGAUGAGCGGCUAUCCACCGCCGCCGGGGGCCUGGACCACCGGCCUCUGUGGCUGCUGCAGCGACUGCAAGAGCUGCUGCCUGGCGUUCUUCUGCCCGUGUGUCGCAUUCGGCCAGGUGGCAGAGACCUUGGACAAGGGAUCCACAUCCUGUGGUAUGGCUGGUGCGAUCUACUGCGCGCUGCAGCACGCGGGGUUGUGCCUGCUCCACUGCCUCUACUCCUGCUCCUACCGCGGCAAGCUCCGGGCGGCGUACGGCCUGCCGGCGGAGCCAUGCGCCGACGGCUGCGUCCACUGCUUCUGCGAGCCAUGUGCGCUCUCCCAGAUGUACCGGGAGCUCAAGAACCGAUGCGCCGACCCGGCAGAUGGAUGGGAAGUGAAUUCACAGAAGAUGGCCACGGCUCCCGUACCCAGGCCUGCCCGUACCAGUGCAAGAGAUGACGCGUUGACGAGUGUGUAAUAAAGCAAGAAAGCGCUCUUGAUCAGCACGCAGUACUGUUGUGGCUCGCAUUAUAUUUGUGAGCGAGGUGUUUGCAUGCAUAGCUGGAGUAAAUAAAUAGGGGUCCAUGUGUGGAUCAUGUGUGAUAUUAUUGCUAUUUAAUAUAAUUGUAAAUUAACGUGAGAGAAAUACAAAAUAAUCAAGUAGUUUUAAAGUUUU